AUGAGUUAUUUAGCUUAAUCAAGUCGAUUAACUGCUCUACUAAUCAGUCUUAAAAAUAAGAAAUUAAUAACACCUGAUCAAUAUACUCGUUUAUGUGAUUAUGCCAUUAAUGAUAAUAUUGAAUUGAAAUCAUUAUUUGUCGAUUAUGAAAAGGGUUUGUCUUAAAAUGAUUUUUUAUCUGGACUUUCAAUUAUACUCAACAAUAAGACUGAAAGUGAACAUAUAAUUAAAUCUUACUUGUACUCUUAUAAUCAAUUAAAUUAGUGAAUCUGUUGUCAGUAUCAACUAACAAUUGAAAGAGAAAAUUAAAGAAUUUUAUAGAGACAUCAAGGUAUUCUAAUUUUGAUAUCAAUUAUUUUAGAAUAACAUGAAUGAAAUUUAUGAAGAAUGUUUUAAAGCAUAACAUCACUUAUAAGAAAUUAAAGAUUUGAUAAAAUUAGUAUUAAAACAAUUUUAUGUGGAAGAAUUUUAUUUGAUUUAAUUUGAAGAAGGACAUUAAUGUGUUAUACUUACUAAUAAUUUUGAUUUUAGAUUCUUUAAAGAAGAAUACAAAAUCAGUUCUUGGGCACAUAAACAAAAUGCUCAUCAAUUAAAUAAUACUCAAACAGAACAUUAUGCUUUACUUAAAACACAUAAUCUUCCUAAGUAAUAUAUUAUAUCAUAACAUGCUGUCCUCUUUUUAACUUUUAGUGAUAGUGUUACUAAAACAUAUUCAUAAUAUUUCAUGGCUACAUUUCUUUAUGAUAAAUUUAUUACAUUAAUUUAUUAAGGAUAUUAAAUUGUAGGAUUAAAAAAGAUGUAAUCAAUAAGAACUGAAAUUUUAUAAUUAGUCUCAAAGACUAUAGUAUUAUAUAAUUAUAAAUUGAUGUAUCAAAUUUUAAUUUAGAUUAUGCAGUAAUUUAAAUUAUAAAAUUUAUUAUGUUAAUUUGAAAAAGAAUUGACAAAAUAACAAACUGUUACUAAUUAUUUAUUGAUAUUACUUUCAAGUGAUUUAGAUAUAAUUGGUAUUGAAUUAGAAGGCAAUCUAUCAUUUCAAUUAGUAGAUAAAGUUAAAAGUACUUUUAAAAAGUCAAUUAAAAAAUAUAAGAAAAAACUCAAAUCUAAAAAAGAUCUAUUGGAAUCAUUCUAAUAAGUUACACAACAUAAUGAAAUGAUUAUGUGUUUAUUCUUCAAUAAUUAUUUUAAUCUAUAUUAUAUGACUGUUUAAUGGAACCAUGAUCAAUUUGUGUAAAUAUUAAUAAAUUUUAUUAAAUUAGUUCAAAAUAUAAUUUACCAAAAGAAAUUUAUUAUGGAGAUCCUAUUUAUAAAAUAUUUGAUUAGAAUCCUACUAUUAUUUAAAAAGUAAAAGAAAUGAUAGAUUCUCCAAAUGAUCAUUUAGAAUAUAAUGAUGGUUUUUUUAAGUUCUCAUUAAAGAUAGAAAGAGGUUUUAAAUAGUAAAUAAAAUAAAUAUCAAUAUUUUUAUUUAACAUUUAAGUGAAAAGGUAAAUAAAUACUUAAUUAUAAUAUAUAGACCUUUAGCUGAAUUAUUUAGAAUAUUUAGAAGCAAAGUAAAGAUCUUACUUACAAUAAGAAAAGCUACUUUGGCAUUUAAAUCAAAAUAACUUAUGAUGGAAAAUUAAUUUCUUAGAUAAUCAGCUUUAGUAAUGUAUCUUCCAGAUUAAGACAGAAGAAGAAUUACAUAAACACAUAAUCAAGAUCAUGAUUAAGAUUUAGAGAAAUAUAGAAAUUAUACAAUGAAAUAAGCAACAAAAAAAUUAUAAUAAUUUUUGAAUAAAUGUGAUGAAGAAGAUACAAAAAAUCCUGAACUAAGGAGAAUUGCUAUAGAUCCAAAUUUAUAAUAAAAAUUAUUAGAUUAUGAAUUUAAUCUACUUAAUAAGAAAAUGUAUAAAAAUAAAUACAUAAUUGCCUAUAAUUUAUUUCAUAUGUGCGAAUAUAUUAAAUAAUAUCCAUUACUAACAAAAGAAUUUAUUAAUUUUAUGUCAGUAUUGAAAUAUAAAUACAAUAAAAAAUCAAAUCCAUUUCAUAAUUUUACACAUGGAGUUAAUGUAAUGCAUGGUUGUUAUUUAUUUGGUCAUCAUUAAAAAUUUGGAUAAUAUUUUUCAGAUUUAUAAAGAUUUGCAAUGACAUUUGCUGGAUUAUGUCAUGAUGUUGAUCAUUCUGGUACAACCAAUUUAUUUUAAGUUAAUGCUUAAACUAAAUUAGCAUUAUUAUAUAAUGAUAAAUCAGUUCUUGAAAAUCAUCAUGUUGCAGUAACUUAUAAAAUAUUAGCUCAUAAAUAAUGUGAUUUUUUUAGUUCAAUACCUAAAUAAGAUAAAAUAACAAUUAGAAAAUAUGUUGUAAAUAAUAUUUUGGCUACUGAUAAUCAAUAUCAUUUUAAUUUAUUAAAUGAUAUUGAAAUUAGAUUUGGAUAAUCUAAAGGAGAUCCUAAAAUAUUUGGUAUUAUUAUUUAAUAAUAAUAAUUAAAUUAGAAACUGAAGAAAAUAAACUAUUACUUAGUGGGUUCUUAACACAUGCAGCAGACUUUUUUGGUGCAGCAAAAUAAUAGCCAGUAGCAAGAGCAUGGAGUGAAAGAUUAAGAAAGGAAUUUUAAGCAUAAGUAAUAUUUUGAAUUAUGAUUUAACUUAGUCUUAAUUAGAAGAUAUAAUAGGAAUUGCUUAAACUCCAUAUUUACGUAAUUUAGAUAAUGAAGUUUAAUAUGCUAAAAAUGAAGCUGGAUUCUUAAAAGUUAUUGUUAAACCAAUUUAUGAAUCUUUAAACAAUUAUUCUGAUGGAGCUUUAGCACUAUAAUUAGCGAAUAUUAACUUAAGCAUUAAAAAAUAUGAAGAGAUUAUAGAAUAAGCAAAUUAAUGA